UUUAACUCUGACAUAACUCUAGUCUAGUAGGCUAGUCAGUCGGGUCCUGCCAGACGGAGGUAGUGGAAGAUCACACGCUCGGACGCGGCAUUGUGGGAAACGCUGAGCAGGCUGUAAUCAGUGGCAGUAGUCGGCGCGAAAGAAAAACCCGUGCUGAGUCCCUCGGUUAAAACACAUUAACGAAGGGCCAGGAAGAGAGAUUCUGUUUCCACACUCCAGGCAUUCAUGGCUGUGUGUAACGGGGAAUCCAAGCUGGACAUCAGUGGAGAGACCAAAGUCAGCUCGUGUCAGUACGAUGGUGCAGUGGUAAUCCUAGAUGCUGGAGCACAGUAUGGAAAGGUGAUUGAUCGACGUGUGCGAGAGCUUUUCGUGCAGUCAGAGAUCCUGCCCCUGGAGACUCCAGCAUUCGCCAUCGAAGAGCAGGGCUUUCGGGCUAUUAUUAUAUCUGGUGGUCCAAACUCGGUUUAUGCUGAGGAUGCUCCAUGGUUUGAUUCAGCUAUAUUCAAGAUUGGCAAGCCUGUCUUGGGAAUCUGCUAUGGCAUGCAGAUGAUGAAUAAAGUUUUUGGAGGCACAGUGCACAGAAAGAGUGUCAGGGAGGAUGGUGUGUUUCGCAUUGGCGUUGACAAUUCCUGCUCUCUCUUCCGGGGUCUUCAAAAGGAAGAACUGGUUCUGCUUACUCAUGGAGACAGUGUUGACAAAGUCGCCGAUGGCUUCAAAGUGGUCGCCCAGUCUGGGAACAUUGUUGCAGGCAUUGCCAAUGAACAGAAGAAACUGUACGGAACACAGUUUCACCCCGAAGUGGACUUGACAGAAAAUGGCAUGGAUAUGCUGAAGAACUUCCUGUUUGAGAUCGCUGGCUGCAGCAGCAACUUCACAGUGCAGAACCGCCAGCUGGGCUGCAUUCAGGAGAUCCAGGAGAAGGUGGACAAGUCCAAAGUCCUGGUGCUUCUCAGUGGGGGUGUCGACUCUACAGUGUGCACUGCUCUUCUUAACAAGGCAUUGAACCAAGACCAAGUGAUCGCUGUGCACAUUGACAAUGGAUUCAUGAGGAAACGGGAAAGCCAGAGUGUGGAGGAGGCGCUGACAAAGUUGGGCAUCAAUUUAAAAGUGGUGAACGCAGCACAUACUUUCUAUAACGGCACAACAACCCUGCCAAUCUCUGAGGAAGAUCGGACCCCCAGGAAACGCAUUAGCAAAACACUGAAUAUGACCACAAAUCCCGAGGAAAAGAGAAAGAUUAUCGGAGACACAUUUGUCAAGGUAGCCAAUGAGGUGAUCGGGGAGAUGAACCUGAAGCCUGAGGAGGUGUUCCUUGCCCAGGGCACAUUGAGGCCUGACUUGAUUGAGAGUGCCUCCAUCAUUGCCAGCGGCAAGGCUGAGGUCAUCAAAACACACCACAAUGACACCGAGCUCAUCCGCAAGCUCCGGGAUGAGGGAAAAGUAAUAGAACCAUUGAAGGACUUCCACAAAGAUGAGGUUCGAGCCCUAGGCAGGGAGCUUGGGCUCCCAGAGGAGAUUGUUUGCAGACAUCCUUUCCCUGGUCCUGGCUUGGCCAUCCGAGUUAUAUGUGCAGAUGAGCCUUACGUCUGCAAAGACUUUGCCGAGACCAACAACAUCCUUAAAAUCAUCACAGACUUCUCUGCCAGUGUCAAAAAGCCUCAUACACUCCUCCAGAGGGUAAAGUCAUGCAUAUCAGAUGAAGAGGAGGAGAAGCUGAUGCAGAUCACCAGCCUUCAUUCACUCAAUGCCUUCCUUUUGCCCAUCAAAACAGUGGGCGUCCAGGGUGACUCGCGGUCUUAUAGCUAUGUGUGUGGUGUGUGCAGUAAAGAUCCCCCUCACUGGGAGUCUCUGAUGUUCCUGUCCAGGCUCAUCCCACGCAUCUGCCACACCAUCAACAGAGUGGUGUAUGUGUUUGGGACGCCAGUGAAGGAGCCACCCACCGACAUCACCCCCACCUUCCUGACCACAGGCGUACUGAGCACACUCAGACAGGCGGAUUAUGUGGCCCACUCCAUCCUGAGGGAGUCUGGUUACUCUCGUAAGAUCAGUCAGAUGCCUGUGAUCUUGACGCCGCUGCACUUUGACCGGGACCCCCUGCAGAAGCAGCCCUCAUGCCGGCGUUCCGUGGUCAUCAGGACCUUCAUCACCAGUGACUUUAUGACCGGCAUCCCGGCCACACCUGACAACCACAUCCCUGAAGAGGUUGUUAUGAAGAUGGUCAACGAGAUCAAGAAGAUCCCUGGCAUCUCGAGGGUAAUGUUUGACCUGACCUCCAAGCCCCCAGGAACCACUGAGUGGGAGUAGACCAGAGGUCCAUCUCCACCCCUCCUUCCUCCGCCUCUCCUCCUCCUGCACCUCCUCCCUGUCCCGCACCCUCCCUGACCCACCCCGUCCUGACAGUGACCCGCAGCGAUCGGAACAUUCCCACGAUGGCAGGCUGUACUGUGAUCAGCGCACACCAGAAACCGCUACCUUUAUGCACCUCCUCCUUUUUUUUUGAGGGGGGGCGGUUGAAAUGUUGAAUAAAAAGGUUUAUUGUUAUUAUUGCUAUUAUUGUUAUUGUCGAUAAUGAUAAUAACUUUUUUAUUUUUGUUAAGUUUUCCAUAUGUAACGAUGCAUUAUCAUUUUACCUUUUGAGUUCUGCAAGUGAUGUUGGUGUAUAUUGGUGGAUGGGAGAGCUGAGAUGCAGAAAGGUUGAUUGCCUCCUAUAUUGUCAUGUGUCUCCUACUGGUGCAUCAGAUAGAGCAGCCCCGGAAUGUCACCGGGUCGUUUUAGCGUUACAUACCAUGGAGCUUAGCAGCAUUAGGCGCCUAACAAAAGCCUUGUUUCAUGAAGUUGUGGCCAAACGGCAGUGAGAUGAGAUGAUUGUCCGGUCACUCAGAGGCUCUUGGCGCUUUGGCCCUCACUUCUCAUGGCUCUGCGUGCCUGGCCUGAGCCGGCCUUGUUACCCAUAACACCCCUUAUAGACAGCUGAGUCCCGGCAUGGUGACGUGACCAAUCAACUUUUACUAUACUUUUCUUUUUUAAAAGAAAAAAGCUGAUAAGCUUCAUUUAACUGUUUUGCCAAAUUUUGUUGACAUUGUUGCAUCUGGGGCAGAGGACGCUCGUCCUUAAGAGGGCAACUCUGACCUUGUGAACAGCAGAAGUGUGUGUGUGUGUGUGUACAUGAGUGACGGAAGCCCCCAGCUCUGAUGAGGGUCGUCUAGAAAUUGUGCCUCUUUCCUCUUUUUUUUUCCUCUUUGUUUUCCUUUAUUCAUUUGGGGACUAAAGCCAUCCCCAGUGGACUAACAUUUUUCAUGCUGCGUUUUUUUUUUAAAAAAGAUGAGAAGAAAGCUGUGUAGAUAUUGAGUAUGGGAGAGUAGCGAAGGACUCUUUGGUGUGUCUUCAUUAAACAUAAUCAUAGCCAAUGGUUUCACUGCCUUGGCAACGUUUUGCACAUUUUAAUGGCAUCAUCUGUGUACCCAUGAGCCUUUGUGCUUUUUUUUGCAUUUAGAAAAAUAGCGUUUUCAAUUACCCAGUAACGGAUGACAUGGAGACUGAAAGAGAUGGUGUCUGCUGUCCUCUGUGAAGCAGAACAUUUCCCUUCAUCUUGUGGUCAGAACGGGUGAAUGAAAUAUUUCUAAGUUAUGGUCAGCUCGGACUCUUGAGGGGGACUGUAGGAGUCUUUGUACCCUACAGAUGUUCCCACCAUGACCGUAGCACUGGCCGGCUAAUGGACAGUCAUAGAUCCACAGACCCCCACCCCCCCGCACCUGAAACUCUGCUGUAGAUCCAUGUUGCAGUGUGGUGGUGAUAUAAAUAACAUGCUAGGUAUUUAUUGUCUAUAUGUUUUCAGUUUUUAUCCGAACUUUUUCGUUCAUGAUUGCAAAGAACCAUGCAAGAUCAGUUUUAUCCAUUGUCUUAAAUCGCAAACAGUUGUUCUUAAUGUUAUCUGGUGUCGCCUUUUUACAUGUAUAUUUUACAGAGAAUAUGUUUAAACAGAAACACAAAAUGAAUAGACAGUUACGUAGUUGGGUUGAACUGCAAUAUGGAAUAAUAUUUCAGUUUAAUUUAUGCAAUUCCUUGUUUUGGAUUUAUUUUUUAAUGAACAAUGCUUUUUUCCCCCUUUAUUUAGUAUUGUGCCUCAAACCAAGCCACCGCAUGCAGUUUUAAAACUGAAAUUUGUAUAAUGAAAACCAAGCUUUAAUAAAGAAGUUCUGUUGAAAGUCAAA